GCCUCAGGAUUCCAACGUGCUGACAGUUCUUCCUGAACCCAAGAUUUCUCAGGAUGAAUGAAAAUACAGUGCCGAGGACUCUCCAAGCACGGGAGCUUCCUGAAUGGAUGUCAGCGCUGCGUGAGGGAUGCGAUACAGAUAAAAGAAAGAGGAGCAUUCUGGAAGAUGGUCUUCCCCUACUGGAAUUCCCUGGCUCCAUCAUCUACAGCUACGAAGCAAGCGAUUGUUCCUUCCUGGCUGAAGAUAUCAGAAUGAGCUCACCUGAUGGCGCUGUGGUAGGAUUUGACAUCGAAUGGCCUCCACCCUUCUGGAAGGGCAGAUCAGACAGGGUCGCCCUCAUUCAGUUAUGUGUAUCUGAGAGCAAAUGCUAUUUAUUUCACGUGGCUUCUAUGUCAGUUUUCCCCCAGGGAUUAAAGAUGUUACUGGAGAAUGAAGCUGUUAAAAAGGCUGGCAUGGGAACGGCAGACCAGUGGAAACUCCUCCGAGACUUUGACAUCCACCUAAAGGGCUUUGUGGAGCUGGCCAGUGUGGCCAAUGAGAAGCUCAGGUGUGAGGAGACUUGGAGCUUGGAUGGCUUGGUGAAGCAUCUCUUUGGUAAGCGGCUUCUGAAGGAGCAUUCCAUCCGCUGCAGUCGCUGGGAGGCCUUCCCGCUCAGUGAGGACCAGAAGCAGUAUGCCACCGUUGAUGCUUAUGCUAGUCUCAUAGUUUACCAAAAAUUGGAGACCUUGAGUGGACCUGAACGGAUGCUACCGACAAAAACUGAGGUGGACCGAUUUCCUGAGGAGGUGAAGACGCAGUUGCUGUCGCUCUCUGAAGAGAUGAUAGAUCUGACCCAGCGCCUUUCCCAUCCUUGGAGAGCCUGCGGCGAGCCACAGAGAGUUACCGAAUUACUGAGGAGCCUUUCAGAAGACCUGGGAGCAUUAAGGACUGCGCUGCUUGGGGCUCCCACCUCGGAGGGCCCCCUCGGAGACCCCCCGUCAGAUGAUGGCCCUGCAGCUGGAGAGGAGCCAAGGAGACUUGGAGAAGGGCCACGGGUCGUAUCAAAACAUGGCGAAUGGGAUGGAAAUGUUGGCAACUCCAUUGAAUGUGGAGGAGGAAAUAGGAUGGACAAUACAGUGGACCUGGCCAAGGAUGGGUCUGAAGGUGGGAGGGAGGAUCAGAGACCCCAAGAAACUGGGGAAAGGGUUUGCUUGAUGUCUCUGGAUGUGACUGAGUACGAGCUUCAGAUGAUGGAGCAGCAGGCGCGGGAGGAAGCCAAUGAAGCCACAUAUGUGUCUGAUCAGGUACUUCCUGUUACCAUCGCUGAGGACCUGAUUUCUGUGACAGACGCUCAUGAUGUUUCUGAUGUUAUCGAAAGUGAUGAAGACCUGGAAAUGCAAAUGCUUAAAUCUUUAGAAGACUUGGAUUGUGACAAGUUGAAGCAGAAUGUGUCAGAGCUGCCAGAAACAGACGGCAAGGCUGGGGCCCCUGCUGAAGAGGGGGACGAGGAAACUAUUGAAGAAGAGGAAGAUGAAUGGGACCCCUCGUUACCGACACCUACGGCUGAGCAAAUCCUUUGUCUGAAGACCUACUUUGGACAUUCCAGCUUUAAACCGAUGCAGUGGAAAGUGAUCCAUUCUGUUUUAGAAGAAAGAAGAGAUAAUCUUGUCGUUAUGGCUACCGGGUACGGCAAGAGUCUGUGCUUCCAGUUUCCUCCCGUGUUCCUUGGCGGAAUUGGCAUCAUCGUCUCUCCUCUCAUCUCUCUGAUGGAAGACCAAGUACUUCAGCUCAACAUGUCCAACAUUAAAGCUUGUUUCCUCGGAUCAUCCCAGUCAGAAAAUGUCAUCGAUUGUGUCAAAGCGGGAGAGUACAGGGUUGUAUACAUCACCCCAGAAUUCUGCAUGGGAAAUUUGGCCCUGCUAACGCGGCUCAAUGCUGACCUGGGGAUCACCUUGAUUGCUGUGGACGAGGCCCACUGUGUGUCAGAGUGGGGGCAUGACUUCAGAAAUUCCUUCCGAAGCUUGGGUUCCUUGAAGACCACUCUGCCUAUGGUGCCUGUGCUGGCGCUGACGGCGACAGCGAGCUCCUCCAUCCGAGCAGACAUUGUGCGCUGCCUCAACCUGCGGAGCCCUCAGGUCACCUGCACCAGCUUUGACCGGCCCAACCUGUACUUGGAUGUUGGGCGGAAGACGGGCAAUAUCCUUCAGGACCUGGACAGGUUUCUUGUGAAAAAGACAGGAUCAUCCUGGGAAUUUGAAGGCCCCACUAUCAUCUAUUGCCCUACUAGAAAGAUCUCUGAACAAGUGACUGCAGUGCUCCAGAAGCUGAACUUGACCUGUGGGACCUACCAUGCAGGCAUGGGGAUUAAGUCUCGGCGAGAGAUCCACCACCGAUUCAUGCAUGAUGAAAUCCAGUGUGUCGUAGCAACAGUCGCCUUUGGCAUGGGGAUUAACAAAGCUGAUAUCCGCAAAGUCAUCCACUAUGGCGCUCCCAAGGAAAUGGAGUCUUACUACCAGGAGAUGGGCAGGGCUGGCCGAGACGGCCUGCCCAGUGCUUGCCAUGUGCUGUGGGCCCCUGCAGACAUGAGGGUCAACAGGUACCUCAUUAGUGACAUCGAGAAUGCUGAUUUUCGACGGUACAAGCUGAAGAUGAUGAGCCAGUUGGAGAAGUAUCUUCAGUCCAGCAGAUGCCGGCGGAAAAUCAUCUUGUCUCAUUUUGAAGACAGACAGCUCCGAAAGGCCUCCUUGGGCAUCAUGGGAACCGAGCGGUGCUGUGACAACUGUCAGGCCAGACUGAAGGACCCUCACUCCAGUGUUGACUCUGAGGAGCAGUUACGGGACCUGGGACCGCAGGCUUACAAGCUGUUGUCUGCGGUGCGUUACUUAGGAGAGAAGUAUGGAAUCGGAGUACCCGUUUUGCUUCUUCGAGGCUCGAAUUCUCAACGUCUUCCUGAUAAAUCCCGCCAGCAUUAUCUCUUUGGUGGUGGCAGAGACCAUUUGGAGAGCUGGUGGAAGGCUUUGGCUCAACAGCUUAUUUUAGAGGGUUUUUUGGAGGAAAAGUCAGGAUGCAAGAAGUUUGCCAAAAUCUGUGUUCUUACAAAGACGGGUAAAACCUGGCUGGAUAAAGCCAGUGAUGAAUCAGCCCGAACACUCCUCCUUCAGACCAAUGGAGACUUAAGUCCGAGGAAAUCAGUAAAACUAAGUGUUUGGCCAAUGUCACCAGCGAAGCCACUUCCUCUUCCUCUCCCUGGAUCCCUUGACUCCUCAGCAUCUGUGUCAGCCAAAGAGCAGGAGUUUCAGACUGCUCUGUAUUCCAAAUUGGUAGAAGAGAGGCAGAAGCAGGCCAGCGAAAAGGACAUCCCUCCAGCUUUAUUGGCUACCAACAAGGUGCUUGUGGAUAUGGCCACCAUGAGGCCAAGUACCUUGGAAAGUCUGAAAAACAUUGAAGGCGUUUCUGAGGCCAAGUGCUUGAUGCUGGCCCCUCUCCUGGAGGUCAUCCGAGCCUUCAGCCAGACAAAUGAUCUUCCGACAGACGUGUUUCCCAGACCUUCACCUGGAGCAGAGGAAGACAGCUUAGCAAAGAGACAGGAGCACAGACCGCUUCCCAAGUCAGUCUCCAUCACUUAUUCUUUGUUCCAGGAGAAGAACAUGUCUUUGGGAAGCAUUGCCAAGGACAGGAUGAUGCCUCUCCCUGUGGUAGGCAGUCACUUAUCCCAGGCAGUGAAGGCAGGCUAUCCUCUGGACCUCGAACGUGCAGGCCUGACUCCGCACGUCCGGAAGAUAAUCACCGAUGUGAUCCAGAACCCUCCCAUCAACUCAGAUAUUUCCAAAAUGAAGGACAUCAGGACGUUGGUUCCUUCAACAGUGGAGACCUACCUCAUCCAGAUAGUGGUGGCGCUGGUGGAAAAGGAGAGGUCGCUGGAAGCCACACUCCCUGACCCAUCCUCAAAGGAGUCCAAGGUGGAGAGUGCUGUACCUAGCACUUGGGAGCCCUGCUUGGGUGCCAACAAGCCCGUGUCAGAGACCUCCAAGAGGAAGUUCCCAGGCUGGUUUUCUUCGGCCCAGGGGAGUGCACCUCCAGCAGGCAGCUCCAAGAAAGUGAAGGCUGGAGCCAGGAAGGGGCUCUUCACUUGAGACCGGGUGAUCUCAGGAGCCAUUCACACCCCCCCCCCAACCCUCCCAUCUUACUUGGACAUUUGCUGCCGUUCUGUGAUGGGGGAGGGAUUGUUAUUAGAAACAUGGCAUGUUUCCCAGGGUGUCGAGGUUGUCCUGCUUCCCUCUCAGAUAGCCUUAAGAAGAGGUUUUUAGGGGGAUUUCCCAAGACCUUUCUUUAUGCAGUGGCCUCCAACCCUCUGAGAUGUGGCAGGGGACUCUUGUUUCCCUUGUCAGCGAGGCCAGAAAGCCUGCCCCACCAGCAGGCCUGUUAAUGUGAGUCUGUAAGCUGCAUCUAGCCACAGGGUGGGCACAACACAGGCACUUUGCAGCUGCUGGGGGAGCUGCAGGGACCAAGGGUUUUUCAUUUUUAAAGGAAAGGACUUUUGCUGUGGGCCCCCUUGGGCCUGCCAUUGUGCGAGGCUGCCCUCCUGGGUGCUGCUGCCGGUGCAGAGGGAUGACAGGGACUGUCCCCUUACCUGCAAUGUUAGCCGUGAGGUGCUUUAAGGGGUGGCCUGCUCAUUGUGGCCAUCUGGUCUCAUCCAUAGCGGGGCACUUUGUACUUGGGCCAUUUGGGAGUUUUUAGUAAAAUAAAUGCCUGCUUGUUCUGGAA